GAGAAUCAUUACUCAGAGUUGCUCUCAUGGUUUUUCUUGUAAUUGAGGCCCAAAAACUUAAUAAAAAACCUAUUUUUCAGUCGAUAGAGAAGAGAAUCGAUUCUCUGGAAAGGAAUUAAGCAACGGCAAUAGCAACGGAAAAUGAGGGGGUGCUUUUGAAUCGUCGCGAAACAUGAAUUUGCCACUUGUCUAUUCUACGGAAAUAUUUUUAUCUUUUUUCCGAAGAAGCAAUUGAUUUAAAAAACAUAAAAAAAAAACGUGUUGCCGUGUGUUGGUGUUGGAGGGGUGCGAAGAGAAGAAACGAAUCCGUUCGAAUACUUAAAAACGUCGUCGUGUUACCGUAUCGUCGUCCUCUUCCCCUCAAUAAAUCAUAUAAAACAGAGCCUUACAACAAAACUCGAGACAUCUCUUGUCACAAAACUCGCGUCUACAUCCAACAAAUACCAAAGAGAGAGAGAGUUUCAGACUUAAUCUCUUCUUCUUAAGAAUGGCGAGUCAAACCGAUGACACCGUGUACGAAGAGAGUUUUAUCAAGAAUUCUCGAGGAAUGAAAUUGUUCACGUGCAAAUGGGUACCAGCAAAGCAAGAACCUAAGGCUUUAGUCUUUAUCUGCCAUGGAUAUGCAAUGGAAUGUAGCAUCACCAUGAACAGUACUGCGAGGAGACUUGUGAAAGCAGGUUUUGCGGUUUAUGGUAUAGACUAUGAAGGUCAUGGCAAAUCUGAUGGGCUUAGUGCCUACGUCCCAAACUUUGACCAACUUGUUGAUGAUGUCUCAACUCACUACACAAGCAUUUGCGAGAGAGAAGAGAACAAAGGGAAGAAGAGGUUCUUGUUAGGAGAAUCAAUGGGUGGAGCAGUGCUUUUGUUGUUACACAGAAAGAAGCCUGAGUUUUGGGAUGGGGCCAUCUUGGCUGCUCCAAUGUGUAAGAUUGCUGAAGACAUGAAACCAAAUCCUUUGGUAAUUUCGAUAUUGUCCAAACUGAGCGGAGUGAUACCCUCGUGGAAGAUCAUCCCUGGUCAAGAUAUUAUCGAGAUUGCUUUUAAGCAGCCAGAAAUUCGAAAGCAGGUUAGAGAGAAUCGUUACUGUUACAAAGGACGUCCACGUUUGAAGACUGCUUAUGAGCUACUGAGGGUCAGCACCGACCUCGAGAAGAGAUUGAACGAGGUCUCUUUACCGUUUAUAGUCUUGCACGGAGAAGACGAUAAAGUCACAGACAAAGCGGUGAGUGGAGAGCUGUAUGAGGUUGCGUCUAGUUGGGACAAGACUCUUAAGCUGUACCCUGGGAUGUGGCACGGCUUACUCUAUGGAGAGACACCAGAGAAUAUCGAUCUUGUGUUUGCUGACAUCAUUGGUUGGUUGGACAAAAGAGCCUCUGAUGGAAAGGGCGGGUCUGAAUCUGAGAGGAAACGUAGAACUGGUGGUAUCUCUUUGAAAGGGUAG